CCGAGGUAGCGUCUGCUCCGACUGAAGAUUUUUCCUUGUUCGUCCGGAGAAAGCUGAACAUGUGAGGUGCAGCCGCCCGAUCUGUCGCCAUGUUCUCUUCCUCGAACCGCAUUCGCAGCCAACGAGAUCCACCUGUCGACGCACGCGCUUGCUCAAGUCGUGGUAAUCGCCGCCGGCCUUGGACUUCAUCCAGCCAACGGCCCACCAAGAUUCCAAGCACCGCACAGCACAGCGCUCUCCGACGGAAAAGGCACGAGCUUCUCCGGGUAACCGUCGCUACUCGUUCCCCCUCCGCCGCGUCUCUCCCUGGGGAGCCGGUUCGGCCCGCGAUGCGGCCCAGGCUGGGGCUCUGGGUAGCGCUCCUCGCCGCGGCGGCCCUGCUGGCCGUUGGCGGCGGCGGCGGGGUGGCGGCCGCGGAGGAGGCGUACGUGACGCUGCUCUACGGGGACGAGUUCGUCCUCGGCGUGCGCGUCCUCGGGAAGUCCAUCCGCGACACCGGCACCCGCCGCGACCUCGUCGCGCUCGUCUCCGAUGGCGUCUCCGAGUACUCGCGGAAGCUCCUCGAGGCUGAUGGGUUUAUGGUCAAGCAUAUAACAUUGCUGGCUAAUCCUAAUCAAGUGAGACCAACAAGGUUUUGGGGUGUGUAUACCAAAUUAAAAAUAUUCAACAUGACUGCUUACAGAAAAGUUGUUUAUCUCGACGCAGACACCAUUGUGGUGAAAAGUAUUGAAGAUCUUUUCAACUGUGGAAAGUUCUGUGCAAACUUGAAACAUUCUGAGAGAAUGAACUCUGGAGUAAUGGUUGUUGAGCCAUCUGAAACUCUUUUCAAUGAUAUGAUGGACAAGGUUGACAGCUUACCUUCCUACACGGGAGGGGAUCAAGGCUUUCUCAAUUCGUAUUAUGCCGAUUUUGCCAAUUCCCGUGUUUAUGAACCCAAUAAACCUUUAAUACCUGAACCUGAAACGCAACGCCUUUCCACAUUGUAUAAUGCUGAUGUUGGUCUUUAUAUGCUUGCCAAUAAGUGGAUGGUUGAUGAGAAAGAACUCAGAGUUAUUCACUACACUCUUGGGCCUCUUAAGCCUUGGGACUGGUGGACAGCCUGGCUUGUUAAACCUGUUGUUAUAUGGCAGAACGCUAGGCAAAAUCUUGAAGAAUCUCUUCCUGGAACUGGUGGAGGGAAAAACCCACAUGAUCAGCUGGUGAUCAAAAUUCUUUUCAUUCUUCCCUUUUGCAUGCUGCUGUGUGGUUAUUAUGGAUCAUGCUUUCAGACUAAUAAGGAACUGUUGAGUAUAAGUACUUUGUGUGAUUUUGCUCAACAAGCACGCUACAAGUUGAAGUCUGAAGAGGCACUUCCAUCCUAUUCAACAGUUGGAGUUACUUCAUCUUCCUUCGGUGUAUCAAAUCAAAAGUUAUCUAAUGGAGCAUAUCUGAAGUUUCCUCCUUAUUUCGGUGCAAUCACUGUGCUGGUCUGUUUCAUUUGUGCAUCAGUAUCUCUUGUGUUUGCCUUUAUUAUAAUUCCACGGCAAGUGAUGCCAUGGACGGGUUUGCUGCUGAUGUUCGAGUGGACCUUCAUGGCGUUCUUUUUGUUGUUUGGGAGUUACCUUCGUUUUGUAUACAAAUGGGGAAGUUGCAGUGCAAAUAAUGUUGGCUAUAGCAGUUUGGAUUCAUCAGAGAAUCAUACUGGCACAGGCCAUCAGUGGAGUACAUCUGACUGUGACAGAGCUUCGGCAUUCUACUGGAUGGGGAUAGCUGCCAUAUCUACUAUAGCACUAUUAUCACCAACUGUCUUCGGCAUAACUGCUAUUUUUGCAAAGCUUGGAUUGAUGGUAGCGGGUGGUGUGGUGCUGGCGUCGUUUAUGACAUACACUUCGGAGCAUCUAGCUAUGUCGGCCUUUGUCAAGGGUCAGAGAGAUAGAUCGAAACGCCCUGAGAGGUAGAAGCAUUUUUUUUGGAUAGUAAUUACAUGGCAUAUAGUUUUUCAGUAUUCUGUGUCAUAUGCCCCUGUUGUAUCAUACUCCGUAGGUUUUUUUCCUUGGUGUGCUUAUCCUAGUUUGUAAUCAGAAUAUUCUUAUGAUUCAUUUCAAUAGAAAAGGCCAGGAACAAAAAAGUGAUUCGUUAAAUGGAACACAACUAUAUAAACCUCUUUUAGC